AUGAUGUCCGCUCGUGUCGCCCGCACCGGCCUGCGCGCCGUCCAGCAGUUCUCAGUCGCUCGCCCGGCCUUCAACGGCUUGCGGACCUAUGCCACCCCGGCCCAGGAUGCCCGCCCCCCAGUCGCCCUGUUCGGUGUUGACGGCACCUAUGCCUCUGCUCUGUACACUGCUUCCUCCAAGUCCUCCGCCCUCGACCAGAUCGCCAAGGCCAUCGCUUCCCUCGGCCAGACCCUGAAGGCCGACCCCAAGCUGGUCACUAUCCUCGGCGCUCCUAGCCUGUCCAUCGCCGACAAGCAGGAGAUCAUCAAGGAGCUCCAGAAGGUCGCCGGUGCCGACAAGGCCGACAUCCUCAAGAACUUCCUCCAGACUCUGGCUGAGAACAACCGCCUUGCCUCCCUCGAGGGUGUCUGCGACAAGUUCGCUACCCUGAUGAGCGCCCACCGUGGCGAGGUCGAGCUGAACAUCACCUCCGCUCAGGAGCUCGACGCCAAGACCAUCUCCCGCCUCGAGAAGGCCGUCGCCAAGUCCGAGUACAGCCAGGGCAAGAAGCUCAAGGUUGUCACCAAGGUCCAGCCCGACCUGGUUGGCGGCCUCGUCGUCGAGAUCGGCGACCGCACCAUCGAUCUGAGCGUGUCCUCCAAGAUCGCCAAGAUGAACAAGGCUCUGACUGAUGCCCUGUAA